AUGGCCUCGCCCCCGAGCGGCGGCGCCACACCCGGAUCUGCGCUCCAAUACUGCUACAUGUUUGAGAGCGACAAGCGGCCGACAAAGCAGCUCGACGCCCUCCUCCGAGCCAUUUCCCUCCACAUCUUACUCCACAUUGGCGAUCGAAAUGAACUACAACUUACUCCCAAAAAACUCGCCGCCUUUUACAAGACUGUCGGCGGCGACUAUGAUUCCAUCUUUAUAGACAUGCCCGACUCUUCAAUUUCAUACAUUUGGCAGGUCACUGGAUGCCAACACACACUACAACCCACCGACAACGACUUUGCACCUCCGUCGAUACCCGCCUUGACGCCGCGAGGCUUCUGCCGAUGGGAGUCUGUCGAAAUUCUGCUCGGCCCCGAGGAGCACGUGCCGUUUCUACAAUUUGCCGUCAAGAAUUGGAAUUUGCGACAUCCAGAGACUGGCGAGUGCUUCCCCGCCGACUUACCUACCGACGUUUUCCCCUCCGCGGCAGACGAGGAAGUAGACCUGUGGCACAAGGCUUGUGGCGAGAGGUUGACGCGCGAGGCUGCUGGGCGGCCUGUUCGCCCUGCCAGACAGACAACACGUAAUCAGGAACCUACGGAUCCCGUCGAUGCCAAGUUUGCCUCGGGCCAUUCCAGAAAUCAAUCAUCAGCCGGCACCACGCGCCCUCGGACAAACGAUGCCGACUACUUCGGCAGACCUUUCAGCUACGUCAACGUGGCUGCGAAUGGCCGCCCGCCCAAGCAUGGUCACUCCAGUCGCUCGCCCGAGAAACCUGCUAGGAAUAACCGCAGCUUCAACGAUCGAGUCAGACGGCGAAGUUUCCCCGAUAUUGCCGCGUCAUCAAAAGACGCAGAACCAGAAGAGCGUUACCCUUACGACGAGGCUUAUUCGGAUCCAAGAGAGCCGCGACGCCCGGCGGCUAGCAGAAGACAUAGUCACCCUCGCCACUAUUCCUCUGACGAGGAUAUGGAUGCCGAACCUAUUGCUCCAAGAGGUAAACGCCGACAUGCAGCCUCACCCACUCCGGGAAUACGUCGUUUUAGUCCACCCGACUCGGGUCACGGCAGUGGGUCAAGCUCAUCGCGUCCUCAUCGACCAGAGAGUGAUCCGAGGAGGCGGGCUGGACCUAGCCCUCUAGGAUCUCUGCGGAGCAAGCUGAGCGAAACAGUAUCGAGCAUUUUACCAAACAGUCUCACGUCGCGACCUAGUUCACGGAAUCAGAAUAGCAGCGAACAUCUUCGUCAGCGAAAGAGCCGAGAACAAGUUCGUCCUAGCCGUCUUAAUCGCAGCCACUCGGAUCUGGACUCGGAAAAUGAUUCAGACCUUGGCCCUUUGGACGACUUUCCGAGACGGCGCAGACGACCCGACGAGCGGGAUCGUGAUCGGCUCCGCGACAGUGGCCGUUUCCGGGAGGAAGCAGAGCGGGAUGAGGAUAGGGACGCUGGCGUGUAUCGUGACCGCCAGCGUCGCCCAGACGUCUACAGGCGCACCAGCAGCCACGCAGAUGUGGACAGACGGAGGGACCAGGACAAUUGGGAUCUGCGUGACCGAGAUCGUCUCAAGGAAGAACGCAAAAAGUGGGAUAGGGAAAGGGAGCGGAGAUCACCUCCCCAGGAGACCCUCGCCACACCACUGAACGGGGCGUCCUUUUCAAGACGGCAUCCCGAGCCAGCAUAUAGCUAA